AUGAAUUUUUCAUCUAAAAAUGUUUAUUCCUGCUUAUUUCUUCGACCCUGGCUAGGGGUACCCCUAGGAUUAUGGAUUGCAGUGUCUGUCAUUUACUAUUGGUGGUUAAUAUCAAGAAUUAAUAUCCUAGAAACACAGAAUGUGGUUUUCAAAAAGCAGCUGCAAAUUUCUCACAAUGUUAUGCGACAAAUGUCUGCUGAAACCGAAAUAACAUACAGUGUGCCUGAGAUUCCUGAUGUAGCUGGUACUAUCUGUGAAACAGUACACAUAGCUUUAGUCUGUAUGGGAAAGUGUUCAAGAAAUAUAACUCCCAUGCUGAAAUCUCUCUUACACCAUCGGCAGAAUCCUUUGCACUUCCAUGUGAUUGUAGACAACAUGUCAUCACAUACAAUUGGAACUCUGUUUGACUCAUGGGACCUUCCUGACGUAAAGUACACUUGCUACAAUGCCCAAAGCCGUCUUGCUGAAGUCCGUUGGAUACCAAACAGUCACUACUCAGGAAUUUAUGCCUUGGUCAAGCUUUUAUUUCCUAGUAUCUUGCCUUUAUCGUUAAGACAAGUCAUUGUUCUUGACUCCGAUUUGACUUUUUUAAGCAAUGUAGCUGAGCUGUGGACUAUGUUUAGGAACAUGACUGAUGAUCAGUUUAUAGGCCUUGUUGAAAACGAGAGUAAUUGGUACUAUGACAAAACGAAGCGCUGGCCUGCCCUCGGUCGAGGGUAUAACACUGGAGUGAUGCUAUUGGAUUUACAUAAGCUACGAACGAUAACAGAUUGGACAUUUGUAUGGCAUGACACUAUCAAUGAGAAUCUUGCGCAACUAAAGCAGACUACACUGGCUGAUCAAGAUGUUAUAAAUGCUAUAAUCAAGAAAAAUCCAAGUUUCGUCUUCAAUAUAAGCUGUCAGUACAAUGUGCAGAUGUCUAUGAAGACUUUAGCUAAAAGCUGUUAUGGUGAAGAUGUCAAUAAUGUCAAGGUAAUUCACUGGAACUCUCCAAGCAAAUACAAUGUGAGAAUCAGAGAUUCAGAAUACUUUAAAAAUAUUCACCUUUCCUAUGUUAAUUUUGAUGGUAAUCUGUUGAGAGAAAAACUACAUAGAUGCUCGCCGAACGAAGUUGUUACUUAUAAAAUGAACCACUCGGAUCUCUGUCUAAGUUUUCGUGCGGCCCAGCGAGUAAAACUUCGCACACAUCUCUACUACAUGGAUUAUAGUUAUUCUAGUGUCGAUGGUUUCGACGUUACUCUGGUACUCCAAUUGUCUAUGGAUCGCUUGCAAUUCUUGGAGCGGUUGGUUAAGUACUGGGAUGGGCCUUUAAGUGCUGCCAUCUAUCUGUCAGAUUGUGAAGUGACAAAACUAGAGAGCUUUAUACGCGACUGGUCAGAUACGCUUAGCUUUAGACGAAAUAUUGGUUACCACCUCGUUUUCAAACAUGAUUCGGUACAUUACCCAGUGAACUACUUACGCAACGUAGCAUUAGAGAAUGUGAACACGCCCUAUGUGUUUCUUAUGGACGCGGACUUCGUGCCUAUGGCGGGGCUGUACGCACAUUUGCGGGCUGCUAUUAAACUUAUUAACCCGUAUCCGCAGAAAAAGUGUCUUGUAGUGCCUGCGUUCGAAACGCAGAGAUAUAGAGCUUCCGUGCCGCGGUACAAGGGGGCGUUACUGGCGAGAUUAGCGUCCCACGGACGGGGCGACGUGGGACCGUUCCGUGCCAGGGAGUGGCCCCGGGGACAUCGCGCUACCAACUAUACGAGAUGGGCAAACGCCUCUGCGCCGUAUGAGGUCGAAUGGCAAUCAGACUACGAACCAUAUUUAGUAGUACAUCGUUCUGUGCCCAAGUACGACACAAGAUUUUCUGGCUUCGGUUGGAAUAAGGUAUCCCACAGCGUGGAGUUAAAGGCACAAGGAUAUAGAUUGGUAGUUCUACCAGAUGCCUUCGUAGUGCACACGCCCCACGCCCCGUCUCCAGACAUCACCGCAUUUCGAGCAGACCCGCACUAUCGAAUCUGCUUAGCCCUGCUCAAGCAAGAGUUCUUGGAAGACCUUCGGAAACGAUACAACGUUACAUUUGAUACAGCAAAAGAUUCACCGUAUAUGGGUCAAGCGAAAAGCUUGCUACUCCAACAGAAAAAUGACUGA